AUGCAGUUCCAGUCGGAGGUCGUUUAUGCCAUAGUCGGAUGCCAGCCCCCGGUGCUACAUGGUGACACUUGGGUUGUACUGAUGCCUAGGAUCGGCAGUGCGGGUGGCUUAGUCAAGCUAGUUGGCCAUCAAGGACAUGCAAGGAUUUUGAGUACGGGUGGUUUCAUCGACAGUCACAGGGAUCAGCCUUUCAUCAAGGAUGCGGCGAGUAUUUCUGGCGUUUAUGACAUCACGGGUCGCUUUCACGUGUUGCCACGUCCUGUUGCAGCCAUGUCCAUUCGGGCGUGGUUGGAACAGCAUGGGCAAGCGCUCAGCCGUCAUAUGUGGAUGACGGUCAACGGCUCACGAGGUUCCUUCGAUGAGGUUAUUCAAGCAGGUGAAUCUAUCAUCGUUAGAUUGCGUGCCCGCCUGCUAGGAGGAGGAGGCAAGUCGCCGGACUUUCAGAAGUUGUGCAAGCAUCUGGUUCAGAAAGGAGUGCCCGAAUCAGCUGCGACUCAGCGUGCCAACCAGAUUCAAGAAGCUAUCGGAGAAGCAGCCAUCCAAGCGGCGUAUGCCAGCUUGGACCCGUGGAAGCAUCUGAAAGAAUCUGCAGGAAAGAAAGUCAGACUGGUGCUACCGGAGGAACUCCGCGCAAAAAGCAGUGCCACAAAGAAGACCAGCGAGGCAAAAGACCCUUGGGCGGAAACUGAUCCUUGGUCGGAGGCUAUUGCAAACAAGCAAGCCAAUGUUGAAGAUAUUCAGUUGGUGCCGGAUUUCUUCGUGGAUGGUCAUCAUCAGCCACUUCCGUUGUUGAAGUCACUUACAUCUGGAGCCAAGGGAGUUGUGCUUGCUUCUGUCAAGGAUGUGGAGGUGUUUGCACAGCUCAAUGGGGCAUCUUCUGAUGAUGAGCUGGCGGCAAUUACGUUAGGGCUCAUCCCUCCCAAGACGGGCAAGGUCGAACCGAUUGCGAUCACGCUUCCAGUGAUCCAUGGGUCGGACAAGUUAUUGGUCAAGGGUUUUUUGAUCAAUUUGGGCCUGCAGCCGGCGAUGACGAACAAUGCGAUGCCACAGUUCAUGGCCGAAUCGCAUGACAUGUCGGUUUUGACAGUUGAGGCCCGAAAGGAAUACAUCAAUGAGCAGGACUGGCGGCAAGUGAUCGACAAUCCAAUCCGCUAUGUUCGUAGUGCCAUCAAAGGGUUUCAGAGCGCUGUGGUUGGUUCGUGGAGCCGCAAGUUCUUCAAUGAUAGGAAGCCUGCGAGUGCGGAAGAUGCUACAUCUUUCCAUUGCUUUGUGCGUGUUGAUUCGGAAUCAGUUGAGCCACUCCUGGCUCAGUCUGGCCAAGGCGGGAUUUUUAUGGUCCCAAAGGAUGAGUGCGGAACUGCGUCAGGGAAGUUCCGAAUCUUGUGGCUAGACACAGUAUGUUUGGAAAGAGCUUCGGCAAUGCAAAGAGCGAACGCUGAAUCUUGCGGCCUGACGCGGGGCAAAACAUCCUUAGGCCUCCGUGUGAGACCUCAGGACUACCAGAAAGUGCGACGGCGUCUUGAACCGAGCUGGGACCCCGAGAACAUCAUGGUCGAUGUGAGUGUUGAGCGGCGCUGGACACUCGCACCAAUCCCGCAUGAAACCAGCAAGAAAUCAGUGCAGCUUCUUCUCAAUUCCAUGCAUUGGCGUGCUACUCCCAUCAAGCAAACAGGAUCGUGCGCAUGGCUUGUGGGAUCCGAAGCUUCUGCCGAGCCUCCGGCAGACACAGUGCAAUUCGGAGAUCACCUUGUCCUCAUCUCGGAAAUCAAGAACCGUAAGCCUGUUCAGCAGGAAGACGCAGUGGUUGCAGGGCCUAAAUCAUUGCGCAAAGCAUUGGGCAGGCAACUUGCGGCUGGAGAUUGUGUAUCCUUGUGUAGCACUGUUUCCUCGUUGCCUUCGGGCUCAGCUCCCUCAACCGUUGGUCCAACCCGCCUUCUUGUUGGAGAGCUCAAGACGGAAGUAGACGACAAGCUUGAGGCAAUGAGAAAUGACUUCAGGCAGGCCAUGUCUGAACUCACGAAUCAACUCCAAGCAUCCGAAAGCAUCGCAUCGAGUCGUGCUGCUGAGAUCGAGCUCAGGCAACAGAGCCAGGAAGAGCGGCUCGGGAGUGUUGAGCAAUCCGUGCAGUCCUUGGCAGACAAAGUAGUUACUAAAGUUGACUUGUCCACUGCUUUGCAAGCGGCCAUGGAGCAGCAGACACGUGAUCUAAGAUCUCUGCUAGCGAAACGUUCACCAGAUUGCACUCCUUCGAGUGAUCCCAAAAUGCAGAAAACAGGAUGA